AUGUUACAGUCGUUACUACUCGUUACACCGUAAAAAAGAUAACACGAACAGACUCAACAGUUUUGUCGAGACUCGGCCAGUCCGAAAAAAUAAGAAGAACCAUUUUUUUGACGAUUUGACGUACUAACCUUAAAAAAAGGAAAGAUGUACGUUAGGAAUUUGGGAUGUCUGGUCUCCGGUUCUGGUAUAUUAUUCACAAUUAAUAUUGUUUUAUUCCUUCCGGCGGCAUUCGUAUUUGGAGAAUCCAAACAUGAAUCAGAAAUUUCAGAAAAGUUAUAUAUAAAGCUUUUCAAGCAACAGCGUGCCGAACAAUUAGAAGCUAUAAAGAGCUUCCAGAAAAUUACUAAUCAAGAUAAGAAGUAUACCUUAUUGAAAUUAAUGGCAGAAAAAAUUUUCUCAGUAAUCCAGAAUAGUCGUGCAGUAAUUGAAGCAUCAUACUUCAUUCCUGGUGUUUCAGACUUUCCUUUACAUGAGAACACAAGAGAUUCUCUCUCAAAUAUCCUUGAAAAUGUUGCUCUUUUUUCUGAAAUCACUUUGAGAUUCCCGAAUUUUGCCAAUUCAGUAUUGAAGUCUAAUAAUACAUGGGACAUAUUGUUUCAGUGGGGUAUUGCUUUCACACAUCAAAUGAAGUAUAUCUUAGACAACAAUACAAUCAAAUUGUUACAACUAGUCAGCCAAGAAUUGAAUCAUGUUGAAAAGGAUCCCAAUUAUGUGAAUCCCUAUAGAGAAAACAGUAUCACCAAAGAUGAAAUAAUUGAUCACAAGAAGCCAACAAAGAGAAAAAAAACUAUCAAGAAAGGUCCAAAGUUAUCCCAUUAUCAUAAUGAGUUAUAACUUUUUUUUCAAGUACCAUAUAUAUUAUUAUUCAAUA